AUGCGGACUCUCCAAACCUUUCUACUUGCCUUCAUCUUAUUCGUAUCCGCCACACGCAUACCUAGUGCAGUUGGAGCAAAGGCGUUGAAAUCAGACGAAGCUAUCUUGGGCAACGGUGUCGCGAAUCUGAAGGAUGAACGGGGUGGCGUCAUCUCUCACCGCACCUUACAGAGUGGCGUGGCUGACUGCACAUGGGACGGAAUCCAAUGUAGCCUGCGAAAAGACUUCGUGAGGAGUUUACCCAGCAUCCUUGGCUCACCGACGACGGACAGUGCCAAGACGCUGGCGGAUGCGGCGCUGCGCGCCACCGUUUGCUCAAACUUCACGGGUAAACCCGAAUGCCUGUCGUACUCGUCGUACAGCUGCGAUUGGGACUCGACACUCAACAAGUGCGUCCUUGCGGAUGUGCUGGACAUCGAGACCCUCCGUGGCGUGGCUUUCUGCCCGGACAGCCUCCUGGACAUCGCCAUGAGAUGCUUCGGAGUGCUGCCCUCAGAAUGCACCACCACCACCACCACCACCACCACCACCAACAACAACAACAAUUGCACUUUGAUGGAUGGCAGUGAGCUAGGUUUGGACAUCGCAAGCGGCAGCAGCAGCCUGAGUCUGAGCAGCAGCGGCAGUAGCAGUGGCGCACUGCUUUCGGGUCUAGAAUCGGACCGGCAGCUGUCGGUGGUGUUGACCGCCGUGUUGUCAUCCUUGGUCAAGUACGGCAUGUCGGGGCUGGCAGAUCCAAUCCUGCAGUUGGUUUCGGGGCUCUUUAAUCAGGCGGCACCGUGGGUAAGCAACACCGCCGUCACGGAGGAUGGCCCCAAGUGGUUGGGAGUGGGGGCGUGCACUGUGCGCCCGGGGCUACUGCCCGCGCUCGCUCUGGAUCCGUUUGAUCGGUGGGUGGCUUACCUAAAUAAUGCAACGGCCAUCUGUCGCUCCUUCACGGACUCGUCCUCGUGCGCGGCUGCUGUCGACAUCGCGGCGGGGCUUCACCAGCAGCUAGGUAGAUCUGGAUCUGGAUCUGCUAACAGCGGCGACGGCGGCUCCGCUGCGGCGUCAGCGUCAGCGCCCUGGUGGAUGAUCGCGGCGGCCACAGCAGCGGCGGUGGCGCUUGGCGACGCCGUACGGCGGUACGGCGCUUGA